UUCGAGAUUCUUCAAAAUCCUAAAUUAGGCGAAAUAAAAAAAAGAAAAAGAAAAUCCCAUAUCUACUGUAGCCUGUAGCUGUUGCAUAAUCAUCCGUCCAAUUAAUCUUCGAUCCUUUACAUAAAAUAAUAUCGGCUCGCGCUUUGCGCAGACACGUGGUGCUUGUAUACCAGACCACCGUGUGUUCGCCGAUCCCCAUUCAUUAUCGGCUGGAGAUGGAGAGAGUUUGCUGCUGUUCUGUUCUCUCGAAGCUCCCAGCCUGAGCGACGGCCCGAGAUUCUUCUCUUCUCCGUUUAGAAACUCCCGAGGAAGCUGAGCUGGUGGUGGCGGCUGCCGGAGCUCCUCCAUGAACGGCGGAGAUGCGUUCUGGUUCGGUAGAUCUGGCGGUGGUGCCGACAAGCGCGUCCCGAUAAUCGACCCGGGAAUGCUCAGAUUCAGGCCGAUAGCGCCGAAGCCGGCCACAGGAGGACUGGUCUCCGGCGCUGGUAACCUCCCGGAAAGCAAGAGCUGUCUCGCCGUGAAGAGGAGGGCGAAGAGGAGGUACGUUAGGGUUCGGAAGAAUAAUAGCCAGUGCAAGAUGAGGAGCAGAUCGCAGGGCGGGGGUCGCCGUCGGGGGAAGCCGGUCUUGACCCUGCAGCUCCUGCCGGAGCGAGCGGAGCCGCGGGAGUCGAUGGCCUCCGGCGUUCCCCUCGAUCUCGUUCCGAUGAUAAUAACCCCGAGGGAGGUUUCCCAGCCGGAUCGCGAAAGGCCCUUAAAGUUAAACGUGCACGGGGCGAACUCGUGGGAUCCGACGGUGGUGAACCCGCUCAAGCGAGCCGUCGCCGUGUCAUGGCUGACGGUGGAGAGGGUCGGCGUCGAUCCGUGCAUGGGAGCGGUCGGCGAAUUUUUCCCUGGGAGCACGGACGACGAGAAGAUAAAGAAUCUCCGGUCUGACAUGUGUCCCAGUCUGGUGUCGGACUUCCAGAACCGGGUUCAUUGGGUGAACGACGCGUACGUCUGGUUCGCGAGCGGCCAAAAUAGAGGAGAAGUGGAGCACCAUCCUCAUCGGCCUCCGUCCCCGGGGGUCGAGGUGAGGCUGGUGGCAAAGGAAAGGCUGCCGAUGUGCCAGCGGGCUUUCACGUGCCAAGUGACAUGGCGGGACGAGAGGUGGGCGAGGGCAAGAACCGUGCCCUGCGACGUGUGGAGGCUGGACGGGUUUGGAGGGUUUGCAUGGAGGCUCGACGUGAAGGCCGCUCUCGGUUUAGGGUUUUGAAACAAAUAAUGCAAAGGACCAAAGCCCUCCAGGCAGAGGGUCACUUCAAGCUCAGGUAUAACCAUAUAUAUAUAUCUGUGUAUCUUCGAAUGGCCCUGAAAAGCUUUUGCCUAACUCAGGAACGAUUGCGUAUGCUAGCAAGAUAACAGAAAAAGCGAUGUGCGAGGUGUCUUUUUAAGACAAUAGUGAUGAUACAUAGACGAGGGACGGAGCUGAAUGUCCUCCUAUAUAUAUAUAUAUAUAUACACACGCUAAGAAGCAAGGGGAUUGAAGAGAGGAGCGAUGAACUGUGUGAAAAAAAAAUAAGAAAGAUCCGAUAGCUAGGCUCCGAUAUGCUUAAAAAAGAAUCGGAUUUGUUCACAUUGAUUGAAGUGUGCUGUGGCUUUCUCUUGUGGACACGUAAGGACCUUGGGAGGAAGCUUCUCAGAGUCCCAAAUUGACACGUAUCUAAUUUUCUUGGUUGUUGGGGCUGUGUCUGUGUGUGUGUCUUGAUAACUAUCACAUAAAGCAAUAAAAAUUGCACAAUUUGCAAAGAGAUCGAACCUCUUUCAUCAUCAUGAAUGCGUGCCAUUGGUCAACAUGGAGGGGCUUGUGAAGGGUAGGUUAGCUUGCAUUAUCAAGUGCUACUUUAGUUGGGGAGAUAGCUAUGAAACCCUUUAUAGUUAAAUAACCAUCGACUGCCUUAGCAUAGGCUUAACUAAAUCUUCGAGUUCACUCUCUGGUGAAGGCAUUGGGAGUGUGAUCUAGACAAUAUGCCGGCCGGUGGUCGAAGAAAGUUUUGGUUUGCACCGUCUUUGGGUUUUACACCGCAGUAUGUGCGAGAAAUAAACCACAAUCCUCACAUUUUAUUUGGACGGUAACUAAGUUUACUGGCACAUGCUGUCCAUUGGUGGAUGAGCACAUGCUUCAUCGUGGAUGUUACGAUGUCAGAAAAGGUGUGCUGGUCCACGGCUAGAAUGCAUGUUACCUCGGAAUGUGGUGUCACAAAGUUGGUAGAACACCACCAUUCCGGCUUGAGGAAAUGCAAGCUCUUGGGCUGAUUCUUUUCUUCUUGCUGACACGUGGUCUGGGUUCAAGUGACGCAUAAUCGGACGUUUUCCUAUAGGGGUAGAUGCGUUGGCAUCCUCCUAUUGAUUCGGUCCGGAGCUGAGCAUGAUAAUGGAUGAUUAGUCAUCAUUUUCAUCGGCGUCAUUUAUAUGGACCGUCCAAUUUCCACAUGGAAGUGAAUGCGUGCGAACAUGUGAGAUACAUUUCUUUGAUUUUGGCUCUCUUUAGCUCGAAGAGAUUCAUGUGCAAUUUUGAUACGGUUUCGUUUUGAAUUGAGAACAUGAUAAUUCGCAGUGAAGUCAUAGA